CAUCAUCUCUAUUUCCCUCAUUAUCCACACAAAAAGAAAGACUACUCAUCUUCAACAAUGUGAUAAUGCUCUCAGAGCUGAAAUCCAUACCAGAAGCCUAGCUAGGCAGUUCAUCUCCAUUAAUUUUGCCAUGAAUCCAGUAAUUCUCUUUCUUAUUUCCUCUAUGUUUUUUCAGUCAGCUAUUCUGGGAGGUGAAUCAGCAAGGGCAGUAAAAGGUAACUCCCAGAUUAUUGUAAUGGGCCUUGUUUACUGUGACAUCUGCUCCAACAACACCUUCUCCCCUCACAGCUACUUCAUUCCAGGUGCUGAGGUUAAAAUAGAUUGCGUAUUCAAAGCAGUGUCACCAAGAAUUGCAGAACACAUAUCAUUCUCAGCGAAUAGAACUACAAACAGGUAUGGGGUGUACAAGUUGGAAAUCCCAUCAGUUGAGGGAAUCAAAUGUGCAGAAGAUUCUGCGAUAGUUUCUUCCUGCCAGGCAAGCUUAAUGCGGAGUGGAUCUCCAGCUUGUAAUGUUCCUGGUUUCAAAUCCACAGCAGAUGAAAUAGCAGUCAAAUCAAAGGAAGCUAAUCUCUGCAUCUACAGCCUCAAUGCUUUGAAUUUCAGACCAUCAAGGAGAGACAUUGCCUUAUGUGGCAAGAAAAAAAUUAAUUAGACCUCAUUUUCUCCAAGGAAACCAGUGACCUUGGAUUUCUUUUCUCCUUGAUUUUUAGGCCACCAAUGUGGAAGAUAAUAUAUAUUUAUCUUCUCCUCUCGGCAUUACUUAAUUGUAUGGUUGUUUGUGCUAUGCUGCCAUAAACACUCAUGCAGGGAGGCUGAUUGGUUACUUAUAAUGUAUUGUUUCCAGUUCCAAGUCACAAUGUUAUGGAAAUGUAUAUACAGUGUGUUAGUUGUUUUAUAAA